UAUUGAUAACCAGAAACUUGUUGGUGAAGCUCUUGUAGAGGCUGAACAGAAGCCUGCAUCUCCUGUACCUUCUAUGCAAAUUUCAGAUGAACAGUAUAGUUUCAGGCCUUCAACCUCUCCGCUUACUCAUUCAUCUCCAAGUGAAGCUUCUGGAACAGUCCUUUCAGGGUAUGAUGUUGACUGUCCUUGUACAACACCAAAUUUUAAGCAGUCCUCUUGCAAUGACAGUACAUUACCUCAGUCAGUAGAUUCUAGUACUAGCUUGGGACGAUUGACCUUUGUAUCUGCCUCCGAAAACACAAUUAAGAAUUUAGGUCUUUCCAGUCCAGAGAGAUGUCAGGCCCUUCUUUUCUUUCUCAUAAUCCUCCUUACUCUUUCUCUUUCAUUACUGUUUCGUGUCUUAUUAUAG